AUGGCAAAGGCACUAGAUGAUAAUGAACUCGUAUUUCAACUUCAACUUGAAGAAAAUAAGAAGGUUUCAAACCAGACAAGAAAAGCCGGUGUGCCUUCUGAUCUCUUCCAAGUGUGUCUACCAACUGGAAAGUCGUCACAUGUUCCAAGAUUUUGUGAUACAAAGAGAAAUGGUGGCGGAAGAAAUAAUUUUUAUACAAGAUUGAACAGUAACGAUUACAGCAAACCCAGCUUAGAUAGACUUAUAGCCGAACAAGUGCAAUUAGAAACGGAUAAAGAUAUUGCUAAAGAACUUGAUAAAGAUAUCAACAAUCUAGAAGAGCAGGACCGGAUACUAGCCGAACGUAUGCAAUUAGAAUCGGAUUUGGAAAGCGCAAAAGAAUUGGACAAGCACAAUUCGGUAAUUACAAAUUUUACUUAUUUCUGA